GCGCACACACACACACACACACGCUGCAUGAAGUCGUGCAUGUGAACGUCGCGACAGAUCAGUAGAAAAUCUACUGAUGUUGAACUUUUAAAGGUCUGUUAUGUAGUUUUGGGGAAGAAACGUUGAUAACAAGAGAAAGAUCUGAUUUGUUUUAAUGACUAAAUAAACAAACUAAAAUAUCAAACAUCUGAAAAACUGUAUUUUAAUCGUGUAAUUGUUCUAAUUACCGAGCAGCAGCAUCAGAGACGAGCAGGAUCAACAACACAAGAAGUAAAACAUCAGAUUUCAGAUCAGAGCUGUUUACAGUUACACAACACAACACAGUGACGACAUGUAAAGACACAGGUGACGUCACUCCAACUGCACAUUAUCACACUCUGUAUCUGUUAGAAGACAUUUAGAGGGAUCAGCAGGUCUCAUUUUAUACGUUUCUACAGGUUCAUUUGUUCAUUUUGCUGCAGAAGGUUUUCGACAUCUGCAGUUAAAGGAGCAGUCUGUAGUUUGGGUCAAUCAGAAGACGUGAAUUUCUGCACCAAUGAGGAUCUUUCUCUGCUCAUUAACAUUUCUACAUCAAAACUACAGAAUGCUCCUUUAAAUUGCCGACUCUCAUCCAGACUCAUUGAACCUUCUGUUGUUUUUCUCACUGAAAUGUGAGUCUGUCUGCGUCACAGUGAGAUUAUUGUUAAAGUGAGGCGUGUUGUGCCUUUUGUUGUGCAGCGAUAGCGAAGCGUUGACAGGAAGUGAAGCUAACGAAGCAAACCACAGACCUCACAGUUCAGGGUUUGGCCACAGGGACGUUCCAGCUACUGCAGCUUUUAUAUAAAAAGGUUUUCAUGUUUUGCCCGUCUGCUCCGAUUCUACGAGCUCCAACCAGUUAAAUAAAAACCAGACAGUCAGGUGUUGAGAACUAGCAGCACCUGGCGAGUUAGCAGCAGGAAGUCGAGCUUUUUUGGCUUCAAAGCGCCACUGAGCAGCUUCCAUAGUGAGUCCGGGUCAGUGAAACGUCCUCGCUUUCAUCUGAAGAACGAUUUCACUCCCUGGUUUUUUCCACAAUCGUCCGUCUCGCUGCCGGCAGACUUUUCUCAAGUAAUCCACCUUUUCAAGAAUCGGAUCAGUCGACCGGACCGGACUGAGUUCUGAAAACAGGGCUUUGAAUAUUAUCAGCUAAAUGGUUUAAAAGUGAAGUGUGUGUGUGUGUGUGUGUGUGUGUGCUCAUCAUGCACAUUGAUUACCUCUGUGUAAACACACACACACUUUAUUAGUCAUGUGAUGAACAAUAAUAAAGCCGCUCCACAUGGUUCUUCCUGCUUUUGUCACACUACACCACUUCCUGUUUGCCAGGGCAAAGUUUAGAGUGGUGCCUUGUGAUUGGUCGAUGCCCCUCACUAUGGGCUUUACCGGGACGGUUAAGGUGAGUGACAGGUUACCCGACCAAUCAGAGACGCUCCAUCCUCUGCUUGGCUUAAUGACUCACUCGGAGCUCCUCCCCCUCUGACAUGGUGUGAGAAAGUUCAAAAUCUGAAGGCUCACCUGGAGAGCGCCUUCCUACACCAGCCUCCUGUUACACACACACACACACACACACAGUGCAGAGGAAUACACACACUCAGCUGGCUGUUGCAGCCAUGUCAGGAACACAAAGAAAACUCACUCAGAACCCUCUGGAGAAGACCUGGGUGCCAUGGAUGAACAGCCGGCUGAGCAGACGCAGAGGCUCGUCGGUGCCUCAGUUCACCAACUCCCCGACCAUGAUCGUGAUGGUGGGACUGCCGGCCAGAGGGAAGACCUACAUCUCGAAGAAGCUCACCAGAUACCUGAACUGGAUCGGCGUCACAACUAAAGUGUUUAACGUUGGCCAGUACAGAAGAGACGCCACGCGUUCAUACAACAGCUUCGAGUUCUUCAGACCCGACAACGCCGAGGCCAUGAAGAUACGCAAAGCUUGUGCCGUCGCCGCCCUGAAAGACGUGUCCGACUACUUCAACAGAGAUCUGGGGCAGGUGGUGGUUUUUGAUGCCACCAACACGACGGCAGAGCGCAGAGAGGUCAUCCUCAGCUUUGCCAAAGAGAACGGAUACAAGGUUUUCUUUGUGGAGUCGAUAUGUGACGAUCCAGAAAUCAUCGCUGAGAAUAUUAAACAAGUGAAGCUGAGCAGUCCGGACUACGUGGACUGUGACAAAGAGGAGGCGGUGGCCGACUUCCUGAAGAGGAUCGACUGUUACAAGAUAACUUACGUCCCGCUGGACGACAACAAGGACAGGAAUUUGUCGUACAUCAAGAUCUUUAACGUGGGCAGCAGGUACCUGGUGAACCGGGUCCAGGACCACAUUCAGAGCCGGAUCGUCUACUACCUCAUGAACAUCCACGUCACCCCGAGGUCCAUCUACCUGUGUCGCCACGGAGAGAGCGAGCUCAACCUCAUCGGUCGCAUCGGGGGAGACUCCGGGCUGUCGCCUCGCGGGGCGAAGUUUGCCAGCGCUCUGGGUGCGUACCUGCGUGGGCAGUGCAUCAGUGACCUGAAGGUGUGGACGAGCCACAUGAAGAGGACCAUCCAGACUGCGGAGGCUCUGGGAGUCCAGUACGAGCAGUGGAAGGCCCUCAAUGAGAUCGACGCUGGGGUUUGCGAGGACAUGACGUACGAGGAGAUCCAGGAGAAUUACCCAGAGGAGUUUGCACUGAGGGACCAAGACAAGUAUCGCUACCGCUACCCUAAAGGAGAGUCGUACGAGGACCUCGUCCAGCGUCUGGAGCCCGUCAUCAUGGAGCUGGAGAGGCAGGAGAACGUGUUGGUCAUCUGUCACCAGGCUGUCAUGAGAUGUCUGCUCGCCUACUUCCUGGACAAGAGUGCCGAUGAACUGCCGUACCUGAAGUGUCCUCUCCACACAGUCCUGAAACUCACCCCCGUCGCCUACGGUUGUAAAGUGGAGUCUGUCUUCCUCAACAUCGAAGCUGUCAACACGCACAGAGACAAACCAGAGAAUGUGGACGUGGACAGAGACCCGGCGGAGGCGUUGGAGACGGUUCCAGAUCACAUCUAGAGGACGACAUCAGGUCCACGUCCACCCACCCUCAUGGAAAGUGGCCUUUUUUUAAAUUUAAUUAAUCAUUGUGUUCA